AUGACCAUCACACCAGAUGCAGAGAAGCUGCAGCAAGACCUUAACCAACUAGCAGUCUGGGAAAAUAAAUGGCUCAUGAGGUUCCGACCAGAAAAAUGUAACGUGCUAAGCAUCACCAGGAAUCGUAGAGUCAUCAAGAAGAACUAUAUCUUACAUGGCCACCAAUUAGAGCAUAUUCCUUCUGCAAAAUAUCUAGGCGUUACCAUCUCGUCAGAUUUGAAGUGGACUCAACAUAUAAAUAACAUCGCCGCUAAAGCAAACAGUACCAUCGGCUUUCUCAAAAGAAACAUCAAUAUAAGUAAUGGCAACAUCAAGGAGAAAGCGUACAAAACAUUACGCAGAGCAGCUCGGUAUGUACACAACAGAUAUCACAACACAUCGUCUGUGACCGAGAUGCUCGAUCAGCUGGAGUGGCCAUCAUUAGAAGAGAGGCAAAGGAUAGCCAGCCUCAGUGUCAUGUACAAACUGGUUAACAACAAAGUUCAGAUUGACACAAAAGUGGAUAACCGACAACUUCUUCCCUUCCAAAUUAUCUUGGAGGAAGAGUCUCUUCCUACAGACUGUAAAGACCUUCGUGAUAAUAGUUACACUAAGACAGGGGUGUAUGACAUUUAUCCCUUUGGUACCAGCUCCCAUCCUGUCAGAGUUGAUUGUGAUAUGGACACAAUGGACGGAGGAUGGACGGCCAUUCAAAAACGAAUUGACGGAUCUGUCAGCUUUAACAGGAAUUGGGCAGAAUAUAAGAAUGGUUUUGGUUCACCGGAACAGGAUGUCUGGAUCGGAAAUGACAUAAUCCAUCAGUUAACAAAGGGAAAGAACUCAUACCUCUAUGUUUCCAUCACACUGGUAAAUGGUACCAAAAUGUAUCAGUUGUACGAUGGAUUCUCUGUUUCCGAUGAAGCAGAAAAAUACAAACUUUUCCUGAUGGGAAGCAUCAAAGGAACCUUAGGUGACAGUAUGGUGGACACAGAUUUUUAUGGUAUUUUGUCUGGGAUGUACUUCAGUACCUUAGACAAGGAUAACGACGUUUUUUACGGUGGAUUGGGUAACGAUAAUAGCGGUACGAGCGAUAACUGUGCUCUACUUCUUGGAGGAGGCUGGUGGUUUAACGCCUGUCACCAAGCUUUCCUCAAUGGUCCCUGGUCCUCACCAGACUGGGAACAGGUGUGGAGUCCUGUAAUUAGGUACGGAACACAAGUGAGAGGGACGAUGAUGCUCAUCAAGCGUCAUUAA